AUGACGGUGCAUUGUAUAAUCGCGACACUCACAGGUCACCUUGCUCCUUCUCCUUAUAUUCCAGCCAGUCGAGCUACUCCUGCAAAAUCUAGUCACACUGGCUGCCUACCCUCACUUUACUUGCAGGCUGUCGAGGCAACUCGCCAUCUUGCAUAUCCUGCUGAGGCCUACCAUCUCGUCAUCAACCGAAUGCACCCAGGUGCUCACCCUACCGUGACAUUUGGCUUCAACCAGAACCAAUUGGCAUCUUCCUUACUUUCCUUUACUGGACAUCUUCCCGGUUCUACUUCUAAUAGUUCGAAUUGCCCCUCCAUUCAUCUACUUACCGAUAUAGUGAUUCCUCCCUGUCCUAUUCUUGCUUGUCUCUGCAUCGAGGCCCUCCUUGAUGAAGCAGCCGUCUCUCACUAUUGGAGCAACUUUCAGAUAGAGUGUUGUUCGUCAAGUAAUGGGUUGCACCACAGAUAUGGAUCGCCAGAGCUGCUUGAUUCUCUAUCUACGAUAGGAUCGGCAGCACAUCAUCCCCUGAGUGGUCAUGCAGAUUUCGUCUCGAUUUCAGCCAAUCGUUAUACGUCGCAAAUAGUGGUACUAGCAACAGACAUUCACCGAGCUGCUAUUGUAUUACGCGACCUCUGGCCCCCAAUUGCUUUUACUAAACUUCGAAUCACUUUCUCAGUGCGAGUCGAUUGUGGAUUGAGUCGGGCCCGGGUGCAUCUAGGUUCCUAUUUCGGCCGAUCUGCUAUGUUAAAUAAUAUUUCAGGUAAUAUUUGCGCAGAUAACCCACCUUCAUGGCAGCUAGCUUUGGCGCUUGGAAUACCUCUUUACGUUAACCCUUCACGAUCCUCUCUGUUUGCAAGCGCUAAUGUUCUGCUUGACCAGCUUAAAAAUAUGUUUGAUUCUCUAAUGCUGCAACUGAAUCUGGCUCGAUCCGCCCUUGUUCAGGUGCUGACGCAAUCGAUUUCCUCCCGGUAUGUUCCAUAUAUAUAUAUUUAG